UCUGAUUAAUGCAUUGCUUCAGGAUGCCUCCAUCACACAAACCUGCAUGCCAGAUUCACAAUCGGACCACCAGGAAUUCACAGCGGUCUCGGCGCCGCAUGUGAAUUUCAACACUUCCGGCGUUCAGAACCAGAAUGCAAGCACAUUGUCAGAUGCCAGCUGCGCCUCUGCCUCACCUUCGGAUGCAGACGAGCGCCUUACCUCUCUCUCUUCACCAGAAACCUCAACCACCUUUCAGCCACUUUCCCGCACAAAUGACAUGACUGGUGGCCCAGAAGCUAAACCCAUCGAAUCCGUUCCCGAGCAACUGUUUGUGGACUCCCACAUCGUUCUCGAAGAAGAUUUAGAGACCGUAGGUUCUCACUCUUCCGUGUGCUCCUACUCCAUCUGUGAAGAGGACAGAGAAUAUGACACCCUCCUCGACUUGCGCCUGGAUGGUCGCAACAUCGUGCUUGACUCAUUGUAUCCUGACAUCGCACCCCAUAUAGUUAUCACUCCCCCUGUCUCUUGUGCAGACGACUUUUACACACCGUAUCAAAACCGGGUUGAUCCUCAGUGGCCAUGUUUUCUCAACGUGCCCCGUUUAUCCCCUCACAUGUACUACCAUCAUCGUCCUCUACCAUCAUCCCACGAUGAAUCAGCUGGCUGUAAUUCAAACGAAUUCCGUUCACAGUCCGUAGCCCCAUCAGACGACUUUGGUAUCAUUCGGCCGAAAAUCCCCCUUCGCGUGUUCAGUCGCAAGAAACUUAAUCUCGCUGUCCAAGCUUCUUCAAUUGAAAGACUUGUAUUCCGCAAAAUAGUGGACGGAAUAUUCCGACACCGCCGUAAAGCUGUGGCAUUCGAAGCAUCCCUCUCGGCGUCCGCGGUUUGCACGCGAUUCAAUGAAUCAGUGGCCUCAUCACUGUUGGAACGGCCCUUCGUGUGGACAGAUCUUGCUCAGCCUAUCCUACUUGCCUCCAGAAAUUUCUCAGGCGUCUCUAUCAUAGAGUCUGACUGUGCCUUUAGAGCACCUCAUAUCAUUAUCAUUGCGGCGGAGCCGCUUGACCCGUGGAUCUCAUGGGGCAACAGGGUCGAUGACCAAGAUUACGACUACCUCACGGUAUAUCCCAAGGGCAGUUCGACACCUCCGAUCAAUUCCAUUUCCCUCGCCACCGUCUCCGCCCCUGGUCCGCACCAUCAAGACGACCCUGAUAGCAGUGGCUUACCUUCUGACCACUCGCGGGAGUGUCAUCUGAUCACCAUACCUCCGUCCCUUGACGAAUACGGGUGUUUUCUCACACCACACGAGAAGGGACGCACAGCUUCUACCGAUCACCCGCAUUUUACCCCAGACGUCAAUGACCUUGCAGAUUCAGAAAAAAUGACUUUUGGUCUUUCUAUCAUUCGGUGCGAGACGCCCACGCCAGAUUCCGACGACGAGGACGAAGACGAUCUUCCCCCGUUUGAUGAUUGGUACCUGUCUGUUAUCGAACGUUCUAAAUCUAUUGGCGCUUAGCGUGAACCGGCUUCUUUCGUUCAUCGUAUAUACUUCCCGACAUAUGUUGGUACCUGCCCCACAUGCAGUAACAUCACAUAUAUAUACCCGCAAUACUUCUUUGUAUUUUUAUAUUCUCAUCUUUUUCACACUCAUUAUCAUCGACCAUAUUGAAAUUAUUGUUGGUUGCCUUAAAGGCAACUACGUCCCAAGACAUGACCGAGGCACCCUCGUCGCGCGGUAACAAUACAAGAUGCUACAUACUACAGAAUAUUCCUGAAAAGUAUGCGUGUGGUUUGAUGUACAUAAAGAACAUUGGGAUAGUAAAUGCCCGAAAUAAAAUAACAACUAGAUGACGAUGAGUGAGACAUAGACAUGCUGACAUACGCUACAACACGCAAAAUGGGGGUUUUAAACCAAAAAGAACCUGCAACAUGGGAUG